UCUCUAAGAAGAAUGGCCAUUGAAAACAACUCUUUGGUAACUGAAUUCAUCCUCUUAGGCCUAACCGAUCAGCCUGAACUACAAAUACCACUGUUCAUCCUUUUUUUAGCAAUGUAUUUGAUCAUUGUACUGGGCAAUGUGACUUUGAUCAUUUUGAUUACACUAAAUUCUCACCUGCACACUCCCAUGUACUUUUUCCUCUUUAACUUGUCCUGCAUAGACCUCUGCUAUUCCUCUGUGGUUACACCUAAAAUGCUAAUGAACUUUGUAAUGAAGAAGAACUUCAUCUCAUAUACAGGAUGCAUGACCCAGCUGUAUUUCUUCUGUUUGUUUGUCAUUUCUGAAUGGUAUGUCCUUACGUCUAUGGCCUAUGAUCGCUACGUGGCCAUAUGCAACCCACUUUUGUAUAACAAUGCCAUGUCCAUCAAGGUGUGCUGCUAUCUUAUGCUUGGUUCAUAUUUGACGGGGUUUUGCGAUGCCAUGAUCCACACUGGAUGCAUCCUCAGACUGACCUUCUGUGAUAAAAACACUAUUAACCACUAUUUCUGUGAUCUCCUCCCUUUGAUGCAGCUGUCCUGCACCAGCACCUAUGUCAACGAGACAGAGAUUUUCAUUGUCGCAGGAAAAGACAUCAUUGCUCCCACUGUCAUCAUCUUUAUCUCUUAUGGUUUCAUCCUCUCAAGCAUCCUUCAAAUAAGGUCCACUGAGGGCAGGUCCAAAGCCUUCAGCACCUGCAGUUCCCACAUAAUAGCCGUUUCUCUGUUCUUUGGAUCAUGUUCUUUUAUGUACCUCAAACCCUCCUCAGCUGGGUCAAUGGAUGAGGGAAAAAUUUCUUCUAUUUUUUAUACCAUCGUGGUUCCCAUGUUGAACCCCUUAAUUUACAGCUUAAGGAACAAAGAUGUUAAAGUUGCCCUGAGAAAAACCCUGGGCAAGAGAGAAGUUUCUGUGUAA